ACAGUAAAAUAAAAAGAAAAACAGAGUCAGAAGGGGCUUAAGCCAUCCUUACAAGCCUCUCCUACUCUGUUUUUUUUUCUUGUAUUUUUACAGUUUACAAUAAAACAUUAACUUAAAAAAAAUAGAACUAAAUUACCUUCUUUAAUUUCUUGAAAUUGUGAAGUUUGAUAAAAAAAGAAGAAAAAAUGGGCUUCGAUAAAGGAAACAAGAAGAAGAAAUGCAUCAUCGCUGGGGUUAUCACGGCUUUGCUCGUUAUCAUGGUAGUCUCCGUGGCCGUCAUAACGAACCAACAUGCCCGUACUUGUAAUCACAAAAAAGCCGACGCGAAUAUUAAAAUGACCAGCAAGGCAGUCGAGGCGGUUUGUGCACCUACUGACUUCAAAGAAACAUGUGUCAACAGCUUCAUGAAAGCUUCUCCUAACGCCACCGAGCCUCUCGAUCUCAUCAAGCUGAGCUUCAACAUCACCAUUCAAUCCAUCAAGGAUGGUAUCAAGAAAUCCUCUGUAGAGCUCAAAGCCAAGGCAGAUGAUGAGACCAAAGGGUCUCUGGAGUUGUGUGAGACGGUUAUGAAUGACGCUAUAGAUGAUCUGACCAAGUGUUUUGAUAACUUUGCUGGCUUUUCAGUUGAUCAGAUUGAGAAAUUCGUCGAUGAUCUUCGUGUCUGGCUCAGUGGGUCCAUUUCGUAUCAACAGACAUGCAUGGAUGCUUUUGAGGAAGUUAAGUCAACCCUUGCAGAAGACAUGAAAAACAUCUUCAAACCAUCCAAAGAACUCACCAGUAACAGUCUUGCAAUGAUUACCAGUAUGUCCAGCAUGUUUGGAAAGUCCAACAUCACAGAAGCGACCGGGGAUCUUGGAAACAACUCCAGAAAGCUUUUGUCGGCUGAAGACGGUAUCCCAAGCUGGGUAGGACCAGACUCUCGACGGCUCAUGGCAGCACCACUAGGAGGUGUGAAACCUAAUGUGGUGGUGGCGAAAGACGGAAGUGGUCAGUACAAAAGCAUAAACGAGGCCUUGAAAGCUGUGCCUAACAACAACAAAGUGCCAUUCGUUAUCUACAUCAAGGAAGGUGUCUACAAGGAGAAAGUCAUUGUUACAAAACAAAUGUUUUACGUCACUUUCAUCGGAGAUGGACCCACCAAAACUAAGAUCACCGGUAAUCUCAACUUUGCUAUCGGCAAGGUCAGGACAUACCUCACAUCCUCUCUCACGGUCGAGGGUGACAACUUCUUGGCCAAGAACAUCGGGAUUGAGAACACCGCCGGUCCCCAAGGAGGACAAGCUGUAGCCCUAAGAGUCUCUGCCGACCAAGUAGUUAUCUUCAACUGUCAAAUCGAUGGUUACCAAGACACACUCUACGCCCAUGCCCAUCGUCAAUUCUACCGUGACUCCACCAUCUCAGGAACCGUCGACUUCAUCUUCGGCGACUCAGUCACCGUUUUCCAAAACUGCAUCAUCGUGGUGAGAAAACCCAUGGGAGGCCAAGGUUGCAUGGUUACCGCACAGGGACGUAGCGACAAGCGUGAGCCCACCGCUAUCGUGCUCCACAACUGCCGUAUCAUCGGAGAACCGGCGUAUAUUCCGGUGAAACACAUAAACAAAGCGUAUCUCGGAAGGCCGUGGAAGGAGUUUGCAAGGACCAUAGUGAUGAGAACGACCAUAACCGAUGUUAUUGAUCCAGCGGGAUGGUCUGCAUGGAACGGUGAUUUCGCGCUCAAAACGCUUUUCUACGCUGAGUAUGAGAACAGUGGGCCUGGGUCGAACAAAGCCCAACGUGUUAAGUGGCCUGGUAUUCAGAGGAUUACUCGUCCUCAGGCUCUUGGAUUUGCUCCUGCAAGAUUUCUGGGUGGUCGCUCGUGGAUUCCACAAACUGGUGUGCCUUAUCUGCCCAAUCUGCAAUAGUUUUCACAAUUCAUUAAUUUUUUCAUUCUUUUUUAAAGUCUUAAAUUGUUUUGGAAGGUGAAUAUUCAUUUAAUUAUAAAAACAUUUUUUUCUGUGA